AUGAACCGGAUCAGAGAGACGCUGGCCCGCCUAACGCGCGCCGCACGUGGAUCACGCGAUGAAACCGCCACCUUUCGCCGCACUACCAACGCCGUCCGCGGCUCCUCCCUGGACGACGUUGAAUACGGUCCGUUAGUUCUCUACAACGAGAUUCAGGACGGCGAGGAGGGCGUCGAUAUUGUCCUGGUCCACGAUCUGUAUGGGAACCGCAUCAGCAGCUGGACUAAGGGGGCCGUUUGCUGGCCUCGCGACCUACUCGCCCAUGAUUUGCCCGGCGCCCGUGUCAUUGUCUGGGGAUGGGCCAGCGCUGGCUUUGCGGACCAAGCCGACCUGCUGCUGGCUGACAUUUCGCGCAUGCGCAAUGGCACAACCCGGCCCAUCAUCUUCGUGGGCCACGGCCUGGGUGGCGUCGUUAUCAAGGAAGCCCUCGUCACGGCCGCCAUGUCAAGAAUUUACGGCUCUCACACGUCACUGGGCAAUGUCUACCCCAAGACAGUCGGAUGCAUAUUUCUGGGUACGCCCCAUACCCGGAGCGGGAAACGUUCUUUAGGCGACGUCGUCGCCGCCGCGGCGCUGCUCGCGCCACGCACACCGAGUCUGCCGUUGUUGCGGGCGCUGAGGGACAGCAAUGAAACCUUGGAGCAGCAGCAUGGCACUUUUCUGAUGAUUUCGAGAGAUAUCAGGGUUGUGUGCAUGCGGGAGGAGCUCCCGACGAUGGUUAGAGAUCCCGAGGCACCAGGGGGUGGGAAAGGGGCGAUGGCUCAAGUCAUGAUCCCAAGGGAUUGUGCUGCGUAUGCUGGAAACAUUGCCGCCAACGUGACAAGAGAUGAGAUAAGGGCAAAUCACGCCGACAUAGCGAGGUUUGCGGAAAGGGAUGACUUGGGCUACCUGCAGAUCGUGGCCCACCUCUCCAGAAUGUCCUGCGGCCCUUCGCCGGCGCAAGUUGAGGCGAGGGCUAUUCGCAACCAAGAAAUCCUCGAUACACUGUACUUCGACACUAUGAGGGAACGCGAAGCCCGCAUAGAUAGUGCUUACGGCCAAACCUGCGAAUGGAUAUUGUCGCCCAAAGUCUCCCCUUUCCAUGAUUAUUUGAAAUCCAAUGAUCCUAUUCUGUGGAUCAGUGGCAAGGCUGGCUCCGGCAAGUCGACUCUCAUGAAGUAUGCAUGGUCCUCGGAGAAAGUCAAGCACGAGCUCGCCGAUGGCUGGGCCAAGGACGGCGAUCUGCAUAUGGCCUGCUUCUUCAUGUUCGAGGGUGGGAACCGCAUCCAGAAGAGCUACGAAGGCAUCCUGCGGAGCGUGUUGUACCAGGUUCUGUCGACACGGACCGAUCUUAUCAAUGUUUGCUUUCCCAGCUUCUUUGACGGCCCAUGGCCGCCACCCACCCAAUUCAAUAGCAUCACCAACCUAAACCAGGGGGUGUACUCCCUUUUUGCCCAUAUGUCGGAGACUUUGCGUCUCUUCGUCUUCCUGGAUGGGAUCGAUGAGUACCGCAUCAUGGAACGAAAGGAUUACUACGCCAAAGAGGAUCUCGAAAUCGCCUAUGGCGACGACUUCGAUACCAACGAUGAAGCGUGGGGACGAAGCAAAUGGAUCAACGACUCGCACCAGGAGAUCGCCAAGCUUGUCACCUCCAUGGCCAGCAAAGACGUCGUCAAGUUUAUCAUCACGUCUCGCGAACUGCCUAUUUUCGACGAGGCGUUUGCCGACCUACCCAAAAUCAGACUCCAGGAACAUACCGAGAAAGCCAUUGCCAUGUACGUGGAAGGCCGGCUUGAAGAUGAGGCGCCUGGUCUGCCCGACUCAAAGAACCUUUGCAAGCAUGUGGCGCAGAAGAGCAGAGGGGAUAUACUCUGGGCCAAACUAGCCAUCGACAUGGUGGUCGAUUGCAGUUUACGUACAUUAAAGCCCACUCUGGACUCUCUACCGACACAACUCGGCGGGCCCGAUGGGCUGUAUAUGCGCAUGCUGGAGAAUCUGAGCUCGGAAUACCAGUGUGAUGCCAACCGAAUAUUCCACCUUGUUCUCAAGGCGCAGGAGCCCCCAAGUUUGCUCACUCUCGCGUUCGCCGAGGAAGGCCACGUAGACCCUGUCACCAAGGAGCUGCGGAUCACCCUCGACAGCGCGCAACCUCACACUAGAGCCUCUAUCCAAAAAUUGACGGAUAACCAGCAGGCACGCCUGCAAACGCGCUGUGCCGGACUCCUCGUGGCUGAAGCUGAACCGAGCGACAACUCUGUUGAAAUGGCCCAACGCGUCGUCUUCGUGCAUCAAACGUCCAAAGAAUGGGUCGGUCGCAAGGAUGUCUGGCAACGGCUUCCCUCGACCCCGGUUCUCGACGAAGUCGAGCUCGACUUUUCGCUCCUGAGCGGCUGCGUGCGCCACCUCAUGGCCUUCGACGUACACACAUCAGCCGUGUCCGUCUGGUCCACGCCGAAAUUCCUCCCCGACGCCUGGUUCCUCAUCGCCAACACCCUGCGGUACGCCGAACGCAUUGAUGGCUCCCUCGGUGACGACGCGAAGAAUCAUUACUUCGCCCUGAUGGACGCCCUGGAUAUGACGUGUCAAGCAGCCUGGAUGACGGCGUUGCAUUCCCAGAAGCCCAUUAAUCAAGACCCGGAUUGGUACGAGCGCAAGAUGCAGAGUCUCGUCAAGAAGCACUGGGCGAGCCUCGAGCCUAUGGAGGUGGGCAAGUCGCCCAAAAGGAAGGACUUUUUGGCUCUGGCCGUACAGGCCAAUCUGCUCCAAUACGUGGCGCACAAAUUGGAAAGUCUCGACCCAGAAAUGCGCAAGAAAAAAGCGCAGGAGUUGCUCGUGUACUGCGUCAGCCCGCACGCCGAAGGCUUCAGCGCGUGUGUGAGCCUGAGUGGCGAUUGUCUCGACUUCCACCGCGACAUGCCCGAUACGCGACUCCUAGACAUUCUCUUCGACAGCGGGGCUAGCGUUAAAGAUUCCGACGACGAUAAAAAUACCAAUUCCAGCAAAACCUGGAUCAAGGCCCUGAAAACAGGCCGGCGGUACUUCUCCCGAGGCAGCGCAACCAUGUCGCACCUAAUGGAGACGGGGGCCAGCCGACGGCUGAUGCUGAAUCGGGAACGGUGGGUAGCGGCAGUCAAGGCGCUGCUGCUGCACGGCGCGGACCCGAAUGUGGAGAUCCAGAUCACGGGUACUGGCACCGGAGCGGGACUGAACGCCGGCGGUAUCGGGGAGGAGAAUGGAAGCACGGAUAUCGUGGUGGCGGGGGAUUUCAUCCGGGGAACUUUGGAGGGGGAGCCUGAGUACGCGUUGGAGUUGAUGGAGUUGGAGAUGAUUAUGGGGAGGAGAGGGAGUGUGCAGAUCAAUAGUUGA